AUGUCAGGAACCAGCAAGGCGCCCCUUGGCGACAUCACCCAUCGCCCACUCACAGGACGUCGUUCAGGAAACACAACUGCCCAGCAGGUCGCCAACCUCACCUGCUCAGCCGGACAAGGCGAUGAGAACAACCCUGCCCGUGGGCUACUGGACCUCUUUGCUGCCCAGUCUGGGUCAGUGUCGCUCAAUCGAAAGAGAUCCCUUAAACGGUUCAUCGAUGACUCUGAACAUCCCAUCGCACGCUUUCUGUCCCCUCAACCAUCCCCAACAAAGCCCUCAGCAACCAAGAGCAAUGCAGCAAAAGCUGGAGGAGUGUCACCCACAAAGUCAGUAGCGAAUACUGUUGUUGUUGUGGACUCUAUUCUCUCUGGAGAGUUGAUGCCGCCUACAGGACCACUGUUCUUCCAUUCUGCCAAGGCUGCACGACCCACCAGCAUUCUCUCUACUAUUUGUCGGCGACAGACUUUCGGACGACAGAGGAACAUGCCAUACUAUGUUUCAACGCGGGAGUACAUGCUGGAUUAUAUCAGCCGGCCGAGCGAUGUUUAUUCCUUUGUAUCUCAGGAUGGAGCUACACUCGUCCCACCCUUCUCUUGCGCAUACAACAAUGUUGCCAACGGAGCUAGGAAUCUUGCUGUCGGGGAUGAGGAUGGCACCAUACAUAUUGUUGACACCAGGCGAGAGGGAUCACACCCUGAUGCCACAAAGCAGAUUCUCGCUCAUCAGAACGCCAUUUUCGAUCUUUGCUGGACAAAGGAUGAUUCCAAGAUUGUCUCUGUGUCUGGCGAUCAAUCAGCAAGGAUACACGACGUUGAAACGAAAAAGUGCGUUGGAGUGUUUUCUGGUCACACCGGUAGCAUCAAGAGUGUAUCAAUGAAGCACAACGACGAUUUCAUCUUUGCGACGGCGGCCAGAGAUGGAGCGGUAAUGAUUUGGGACUCUCGCUGUUCGAGCACCACAUCUGCCACAGGCGAGACAGUUUACAGACCGGCGGAUAGACUUUUGAACGUACAUGCAAGCACAACGCGCGCUGUUCCACCCAAGAAAUCCAAGCAUGGAAGUGAUGGCCCUAACACCGCCUCAGCAGUGCAAUACAUGCUUCACAACGAGCACAUCAUUGCCUCCACAGGAUCUCUGGACGGAUCGAUCAAAUACUGGGAUGUGCGCAAACAUGGCACUUACUUUAAGCACGAUUACCCGACACCUCUUCAGACGUCCAAAUACACGCCUACGACCAGACGAGCACACGGAAUGACAUCGAUGGCCCUCUCGCCUGACGGCCGAGCUCUGUAUGCAUUGAGCUCUGACAGCAAUAUUUAUAUGUACAACACAACGGCCCUGGGUCACCCUGUCGAGCGAUUUGGUGGCAGCGAUUUUGCAUGCUCAAGCUAUUAUAUCAAAAUCAGUGUGUCUCCUGACGGCAACUACAUUGCAGCAGGAUCGAGCAAGGACCUUUACGUGUGGGAGAUCAACAUGCCUCAGAGGAAGCCUCUUGUCUUCCAAGGUCAUGAACGGGAGGUGACGGGUGUUGACUGGGCCAAGGAUCUCGGCCAUGGCACCGAGCUGAGUGGAUGUUCUGAUGAUGCCAAGGUCCGGACAUGGAAGCCUAAUGGCGAACUCGUUCAAGAAUGCCGAGAGAACAAGAGCCUGCUGAACCUUCACGGCAUUGUCUCUGAGUAA